AGAGUAUUGGAGUAGGGUGCCAUUGCCCUUCCAGUCUCACUUAAAAAAAAAAAAGUUUACAGCUUUGUAAUUUUUUAGAAGAGAAGAAAAGUGAAAGCAAAAUUCUUAGCUUUGACACAAAAGCUGGUGUGAGAGCAGAAAGAUUACAGUACUGCUCUGGCUUGCGAUGGCUUCGGCUGAAAUCCAGGUUGAAAACUUCACUGAAAUCGUCCACCUUCUCUACACACACUGGGCUGACUACACUGGCGAUAGAUAUGUGGUCCACCAGGCAUCCUCUAGUAAGGGCGCCCAGGGCCUCCACCAUGCUGAGCCCGAACCCCAGCCCGGAGACCUGAUUGAAAUCUUCCGCGGUUUCUACUCACACUGGGUUGUCUACGUUGGCGGUGGAUAUGUGGUCCACCUGGCACCGUUACGCAAAAUCUCUGGAACUGGUUGGUCCAGUAUCAUGUCUUCCUUGGCCGACAGGGCCAUAGUAAAGAAGGAGCAGCUGUGUGACGUGGUUGGGAAAGAUCCGUACGAGAUCAACAACAAGCAUGAUGACAAGUACAACCCAUUCCCUCCCAGCAAAAUCGUCCAGCUGGCGGAGAAGCUGGUGGGCCGCGAGUUUUGCUAUUUUCUGCUCCGCACCAACUGCGAGCAUUUCGUCAAUGAACUGCGCUACGGGGUCUCCCGCAGCGACCAGGUGAGUCGUGUAUGGAAGAAAGUGCAGACAGCACUUGCAGCCUUAACAGGUCUGGGCGCUGGGGAUACAGCAAAGCUGAAGACAAGGGAGGGCUCUGCUAGGACCCAGGUCAUAGAUGCUGUCCCAGCAGCUAUCAUCAUGAAACUGCACCUGUUAUACAAAAUCACUCCAAUCAUCUCAGUCUUGAGGCAUUUUUUUUAAUCUAUUCUCAGCAGCCAGUAGAAAAGUAUAUAAUGCCUGGC